ACGUUCUGGUCCACAUAUGGAACAACUUCUAACCUCCAAAAACACUGCACUGUGUAUUAUUUUAUCAAUUAUUAUAUUAUUAUAAACAGUUAACAGUAAUGUAAAAUUAAAACAUUAGCAAAAUGUUAACAACAAAAACGUUCUUUAGAAAGACUAAAAGUGGAAACAUCUUCAAGAUCUCGAGAGACCAUUACCUCAGGGAUGAUAUCUGGUGUGGUUCAGAGGCCUGUGAGGUCUGCAAAGCCAAGUCCUCAGGAAAACUUCUUGAUGAGAAUAGCCCAGGGGCCAAAAGUACUUUAAUCCAAGGUCCAUACUACCUUCUCCUGGACACAAACAUUGUCCUGGACCAGAUCCACAUCCUCGAGGAGCAAGUGCUGUGCAACGUGGUGAUUCUCCAGACAGUCCUGGAGGAGGUGAAGCACCGAAGCUCAAACGUUUACAAAUCGCUCGCCGACAUAAUCACCAAUCCAAAUCGGAAAUUUUACGUUUUUGUCAAUGAGCAUCGAAGGGAGACUUAUGUGGAACGAGUCAAAGGGGAGACUGCUAAUGAUAGAAACGACAGAGCGAUCAGGGAGGCCACCAAGUGGUACAACAAUCACUUGUUCCACCAGGACACUUCCAAGGGGAUCAAGACGAUUUUGUUAACAGAUGACAAUGAUAAUAAGAAGAAAGCCCUGAAGGAGGGGAUUUUAGCUCUAACGAUGGAGGAGUACGUGGCAUCGCUGGAGAAUGGCAUCACUGAAGGAGUGAGUCUACUCGACAAAUUGAAUAAACGUAAUUAUAUUCUCGAGGGGGGCAGAGGGGGAGGGGAGGCUCUGUUUCCCUGUCAUCUGGCUCCCGCUGAGAUCCACGCAGGCAUCAGCAGCGGAAAGCUCCUCCAGGGCUCAUUCUUUGCUUCGAGGGAGAAUUUCCUGGAGGGAAGUGUGAACGUAGAUGGGAUGGAUAAGUUUGUUCUGGUUCAAGGGAGAGUUGGAUUAAAUAGAGCAGUUGAUGGGGACAUUGUUGCUCUGGAGUUGCUACCAAAAGACGAGUGGACUGUACCUAGUGAUAUAGUACUCCAGGAUGAGGAUGAAGAGGACCCUGGAGAUGUGCUGGAGGAGGAGAAGGAAAUUGUACAAAAGCCAACGAAGGAAGUUGAACGCACACCAACUGGCAAGAUAGUUGGCAUCAUUCGAAGAAAAUGGCGACAGUACUGUGGUAUAUUGCAGCCAAAUGCAAUCAAGGAGAAUGUUAGACAUCUCUUUGUUCCUGCUGAGAGGAAGAUCCCAAAGGUGAGAAUUGAGACGAGACAGGCGGAGAAUCUUUACAAGCAGAGGAUCAUCGUUGCUAUAGACUCAUGGCCGAGGACUUCGAGGUACCCACUGGGGCAUUUUGUCAGGGCUCUUGGCAACGUUGGCGAUAAAGAGACCGAGAAUGAGGUGCUUCUCCUGGAGCACGAUGUACCACACUCUAGAUUCUCGGAUGAGGUUCUCAGUUUUCUUCCUAAACUACCGUGGGUCAUCACAGAGUCGGAUGUUGCUCAAAGGGAGGAUUUACGUGACAUUGAUGUGUGCUCGGUUGAUCCCCCGGGAUGCACAGACAUUGACGAUGCUCUCCACUGCAGAUAUUUACUAAAUGGUAAUAUUGAAGUUGGUGUGCAUAUAGCAGAUGUAUCUCACUUUAUUCGACCUGGUACUGCAUUGGACAAAGAAGCCGCUUCCAGAGCAACUACUGUUUAUCUUGUUGAUAAGAGAAUUGACAUGGUACCAGAAUUGCUCAGUUCAAACUUAUGCUCUCUCCGUGGCAAUGAAGAGAGAUUAGCAUUUUCCUGUAUCUGGGAGAUGGACCACGACGCCAACAUCAUCAAUACUCGUUUUUGUAAAUCAAUAAUUCGUUCUCGCGCUGCAAUGACGUACGAAGAGGCUCAAUUGAAAAUCGAUGAUCCCAACCAGAAUGACGUAAUAGCCAAGUCUCUGAGGGGUCUUAAUACUCUAGCAAAGAAGUUGAAGAAAAGACGACUUGAAAACGGGGCACUUGUAUUAGCGUCUCCCGAGAUACGUUUCCAAGUGGAUAGUGAGACACACGAUCCGAUUGAUGUUGAGGCGAAGAAAAUGAGAGAAACAAAUUCCAUGGUUGAGGAAUUUAUGUUGCUGGCGAAUAUCUCAGUGGCAAAGAAGAUUUUGGACGAAUUUCCGGAGUGUGCAAUGCUUCGAAGACAUCCAGAGCCUCCACAAUCCAACUUUGAGCCCUUGGUGAAGGCUGGAAAGCACCAGGGCUUCGAGAUAAACACUUUAUCUGGAAAGGAACUGGCAAAAUCACUCGAGUCAGCUCACAAAGAGGACAAUCCUUACUUCAAUACAAUGCUAAAGAUUCUGGCAACUCGAUGCAUGAUGCAGGCAGUUUAUUUCAUCAGUGGAAUGCACCAACCAGCUGAAUUCUUCCACUAUGGUUUGGCCUGUCCAAUCUACACCCACUUCACCUCUCCCAUCAGGAGAUACGCCGACAUAAUUGUUCACAGACUCCUCGCUGUUUGCGUGGGUGCUGACGCCACAUAUCCAGAGCUCCUCGAUAAGAAGAAGAGCCAUGCACUUUGUCAUAAUUUGAAUUACAGAAAUAGAAUGGCACAGUACGCUGGAAGAGCUUCUGUUGCUCUUAAUACCCACCUGUUUUUCAGGGAAAAGGUGGAGACUCAGGCUGGCUAUAUCCUGUUUGUGCGAAAGAAUGCACUGCAGAUACUCAUUCCUAAGUAUGGCUUGGAGGGAAUACUCUAUUUGAAUAAGAAAGGACAAGUUUCAACAGUUAAUUUUGUGUAUAAUGAUGAGGAGCACACUCAAACUUGUGGGGAUGUUGUGUUGAAAAGUUUUGAUCCUGUGGAGGUGCAGCUGAGUCUUGAUAGAUCUAAUGUGCAACAUGAAAAACUUGUCUUCAAAUUGGUAAAACCUGAGAUUCCAGGUUUCAGUGUUACUUCAACAAAACCUGAGCUAGCACCAGCCUCUGAUGUCGAAAUGCCAGAGGUAUCAAAGCGCAAAAUUACCGAGCCUGAUGACGCAGAAAGGCCAGGACCAAUCAAGAAGAAAGGACGAAAAAAGAAAAAGAACAGAAAUUGAUCGAUAUAUUCAUUCAAUUAUUAACAGUGAACAGUGAAAAUUUCAUUUCUAACACAUUGUCUAUCAUACUGUUGGUACAUGCCCGAGGGUAAUAAAAAAACCUUUUUGUACA